AUGAUUUGUGCCUAUGAUUUUGGUUACCUUAUCAAACUUCUGACAGCCCAGAAUCUAGCUUCUGAAGAAUCUGAUUUCUUUGAUAUGCUCAAGUUGUACUUUCCCAACAUAUAUGAUGUCAAGUAUUUAAUGAAAAGCUGUAAAAGUCUAAAAGGAGGCCUUCAAGAAGUUUCAGAACUAUUAGAGCUUGAAAGAGUUGGACCCCAGCAUCAAGCAGGCAGUGAUUGUCUAUUGACUGGCAAUUCAUUUUUCAAAAUGAGAGAGAUAUUUUUUGGAGACAAUAUUGAUGACAGUAAAUACUGUGACCAUCUCUUUGGACUAGGAAAUUCAUUUGUAUACAGUAUGGAUGGUAUGGACCAUCACUCAAUCCAUGAACUAUAG